UAGAAAGGGGGCAUUGUUUUGUUCUACAGAGAAUUUUUACUUCUCGUGUUUCUUAUGUUUUGUGUGAGUGUGACAGAUAAUGCGAUUCAUAACAUUGUUAUGGAAUCUCCAUGGUUCAAAGCGAGCAAGAGCUUAUGUGCUUAUAUAAGCUGUGCGGCUUUACGGGAAGUGGAUACAUCAAGAAUUGUCUCAGAGAUUCUGUCCAGCCCAAGCACCGAGGGUAAUACACAGUUGAGGAAAAAGCUUUAUGUUCCACGUGUGGAGGACAAGAACAGCAACAUGAAAAUGCUCAAAAUAUCCAGUGUUAAUGACCUCAUAGAAAACUCAAUGAACAUUUUGGAGCCACCCCUAGUAGAUUCUAAUGGAAAUCAAUGUGAAGAUGUAAUGCAGGCAAGAGAGCCAGUUGACUUGGUCAUUUUACCAGGGCUUGCAUUUGACAAAUCUGGAGGACGCUUGGGUCGUGGUGGGGGAUACUAUGACGUGUUGCUUAAGAAAUAUCAAAAGCUUGCACAGGAGAGGAAGUGGAAGCUACCCCUACUUGUUGCAUUAUCAUAUUCUGUACAGAUCAUGGAGGAAGGAUCCAUACCUGUCACUCCCUGUGAUGUUCCAGUGGAUGCUCUUGUAUCACCUAGUGGUUUCAUUCCCAUAACCCCAAUUGCUUUAGAGAGAGAUACAAAGCAAGUGACAAAACCAUCUUCCUGCUCUGCUUCUGAUUGAUAACAUUGCGACACC